AUGAAACUUUUACUUCUCUUCGCUUUUUUGGCACUUGUUUGUGUAGCUCGAACAGCACCAACGCCAUCAUCAACAUCACGUGUACUUAUUUUACCUGACUAUCAUGAUGAUGAUGAUGCCGACCAUGAAGAUAAACCUCAUAUAGAUGUUGACGAUAAUAUUAGCAGCGAUGAAGAUGAGGAUGAACCUACAACAACUACAAGGACAACAAAAACAACUAUCCGUUCAAUUCCAGUAUUUCCAUCACGAGGUACAGAUUUAAUACCAUCACGACGACCGAUACCAACUCAACGAACAUCAUCAAUUCGAACAAUAACAACAACAACUGCAUUUGGUGAUGAUGAUUUUUCAGAAACUGCUGAUGAAUAUAAUGGUGAUUAUAAAUAUAUUGAAGAUAUUCGUAGAUAUCUCCAACAACUCAUUGAAGAGUUUAGAAAGAUGAUUCGAAAGAUAACUGGUUCUAGUUUCAAUGAUGUAACACAACGAGAUCAAAUCAAUCAAUAUGAUGACUAA